UUGUGUCCAUAGUUUAGCCCAAGAAAAAUGUGGUGUAAUUGAAGAGUUAUAUUAUUUUGUGUACCUAUGCGAUAUAAUAAAAAUAAUAAUGUUAAAUUAAGUGUGUGAUUUAAUUGGAGUUAAUUGUUUUAGCGACUACGUUAUAAAGCCCUGGCAUCUUCGGUCUCUUCGUAGCUGUCUAGUUGCAAUUAAUACUUUGUUAAACAAGAGACAAGUCCAGCAUAAGAAUCGCGACAUUAUGAUUAAAGUAGAAGAUGAAUAUGAACAGUCCAAUGAGCGACCUACCAAAGCCAUUGAGGAUAAAACUAAACCAUCUUAUAAUCAAGCUUCAGAUAAUGCUAUGACAACCCAAAAUGAUCCACAAAUAUCAAUUGAUGGCAAUACUUACAAAGAUAACGAAAUUAAAAUUAAAAUUGAGAUGGAAGAGUCAUCCGAUAGUUUUUACAAUAUGUUGGACGAAAUAAAAGAAGAAGAAAAUGAUCCGCUUAAAGAGCAUCUUUCCAAUGACUUCCAACAAUCUUCUUGUUUUCAAAUAUCAUAUAAUAGUUCAGCGGCAACUCGAAACAGCUAUCAACAAUUAUUGGACAGAAAAACAAACAAUGUUGGAGAAACAUGCAACGAAAUAAUCGUGAAAGUCGAAGCAGAUCUAGUAGAUGGAAAUUAUUUCGAAUCUGUGAUAGAGGUAGAAAAACAUUGGCUAUUGGACAAUACGAUGAACUAUGAUUCGGACAAAAUACGAACAUAUGGUUGCGACCUAUGCCAAAAGUCGUGUAGCACUAAAAAGAAAGUGGCUCGUCACAUGACAGAAUCACAUGGUGUGAACUCAACUCAGGAAAACACUAGAAAACAAGUCGUUAGAAAUACACUCAGUAAUCAAAAAGCAUCAAAGAAAAUAAAUGAAACUUCAAAACAACUGCGAUCAUUCCAAUGUAAUUAUUGUCAUAAGUCUUAUAACACCAAACGACAAAUUGAAUUACAUAUCGUUCAAGAUCACAAAAGUACACUUAACAAUAUUUCGCUCCAAAAACCACAACAACGCAAGCGGUUUACUGAAGAAUUUAAAUCGUUUUCUCAAAAAGGCAAUCUUAAAAUUCACAAUCGCCUGCACACUGAGAAAAAGUCCUACAAAUGCUCAAUAUGUCUAAAAUUAUUUUCUCUAAUCUGCAAUCUCAAACAACACCAACGCGUGCACACUGGAGAAAAACCCUACAAAUGUGAUGUUUGCCUAAAAUCGUUUUUAUCAAAAAUAGAAUUAGUGCGCCAUAAACGCAUUCACACUGGAGAAAAACCCUACACAUGUAAUAUAUGUUUUAAGUCAUUUUCUAACAACAGCAACAUCAAAACACACAAACGCGUUCAUACUGCAGAAAAACCCUACAAAUGCGAUGUGUGCCUUAAGACAUUUUCUCUUAACAACAACCUGAAAACCCAUAAACGCCUGCACACUGGUGAAAAGCCUUAUAAAUGUCCCGUAUGCAAUAAAUCAUUUUCUGAUGGAACUACCCUAAGAAGACACAAACAAUGGCACACCGGUGAAAAGCCCUAUAAUUGUGAUAUGUGCUCCAAGUCAUUUUCGCGAAAGUCGCGUCUCAAAUCACAUGAACUCCUGCACACUGGUGUGAGACCGUUUAAAUGUGAUUUGUGCUGCAAAACCUAUACUAUUAAAGACAAUCUCACAACUCACAAACGCGUGCACCAUUAAUGUUGCUAGAUUAUUAUUAUCUCUUGACUUUCAUUGCUAUACUAGUAACUACCACAAUAUAACUGUAAAUUGUUGUCAUGUCCAAAUAUUAUUUUAUUGUUUACAUGAUGUGUGCUCAAAUUAAUUUUCGCGAAACUCGCAUCUUAACGUUUGCCAACCGGUAAAUAAAAUAAAAAUUUUUAUUAUUGUUUUAUUCACCUACAACUCGGUACAUUUUUUAUAUAUUUUUAAUUUUUUUUGUAUGGUAAUAUUUAUAAUAUUUACUCUUAAUCUAUGAUCGUAUUGCCUACUAAUUACUUGCAAUAUUCAAUGUUAAAGAAUACACUUUAAAAAAUAAAUAUGAUCGCUACACUUUUAACUGCUAUGAAUGUCAUAUUUGUUUUAGUACUAUGUAAAUAACAUUGUAUAUUAUACUUAAUUAGGUAUUGUAAUUUUACUUAUUAUAUUUAUUAUUAUGUGUUUGAAAGAGUGUAUUUUAACGGUUGGCUGUAUAUUCUGACAUAAGUUUUAAGUAAAAAAAAAUUCAACACUUUUUUAAAUAAGGAAAUAUAUUUUAAAAUUUAACAUUUUCCAAUUAUUCGAAAUUACACUUAUACUUUUCUAAAAAAUUGAUUGACUUGUAUUGUAUGUUAUAUUUGGCACUACCGAUGUACAGUUUGAAAACAAACAAUCUCCUUACCUAAGACACCAUAUAAAAUUGUUAUUUUUAUUUAGAAUUUAAAAUGUAAGGUUGUUCUACCGUUUU